UGAAAGAAUGAAUUGUGAAAACAUUUCAAUAAGUGAGAAGAUCGUCUCCUCAUCAUACGUAAGGCAGGGAGCUCAAGCACGUCGCACCCACGAGCGACUGCUCUUAGGAAAGACUGGAGGAACUGGCCCAGAUGUGUGCUAAGUAUGAAAUUCCCAACAUCGUCAACAAUGCCUAUGGAGUUCAGUCCUCUAAAUGCAUGCACUUAAUUCAGCAGGGUGCUCAGGUUGGAAGAAUAGAUGCAUUUGUCUUGAGCAUCGACAAAAACUUCAAUGUUCCAGUAGGUGGCGCCAUUAUAGCUGGUUUUAAUGAAUCCUUCAUACAGGAAAUCAGCAGGAUGUACCCAGGUCGCGCGUCAGCUUCCCCCUCACUGGAUGUUCUCAUCAACCUUCUCUCCCUGGGAAAAAACGACUACAAGCAGCUUCUAAAGGAACAAAAGGUAAUGGCAUGAAAAUGAUUGGGUUGACAAGAGGAUUAACUACCAUUUGCAGGUCAACGGCCAGUGACCUCUCACCUCUGUUUCCUUUCAAUACUUGCCAGGAUGAGUUGAACAUUCAUCGUAUUUAAAAUUCAUCGUAUUUAAAUCAAUACUGGCAAUUAAAAAUGCAGCUCUGUCCUUGAAUUGCAUUCACAGCAUUUUCUCAUUUUAAAGAACUCUUGAAAGAAAUAGCAGCAUCAGCAGGACAUAGAUUACAUUUACUUAAAUAUACAGAACUGGAAGAUAAGGACUCCCUGGUUGAGCUGUGUU